AUGGCUGCCGCCACCGCCUUGCUCCGCUCUUUCCGCCGCCGAGAUGUCGCUUCUUCUACCUACUCCGCCUUUCGUUCGUUAACAAACGGCAGCACUAAGCCUGCAUAUGUAAGUCACAGUUGGUCAAGUUUGUCUCGACCAUUCAGUUCAAGGCCUGCUGGAAAUGAUGUCAUUGGUAUUGAUUUGGGUACAACUAAUUCGUGUGUUUCUGUUAUGGAAGGAAAGAAUCCAAAAGUCAUUGAGAAUUCUGAAGGUGCCCGAACUACACCAUCCGUGGUUGCCUUCAACCAGAAAGGGGAGCUGCUUGUAGGUACACCUGCCAAGCGUCAGGCUGUAACUAACCCAACAAACACACUAUUUGGUAUCAAGCGUCUGAUUGGUAGGCGCUUCGAUGAUGCUCAAACACAAAAAGAGAUGAAAAUGGUUCCAUUCAAGAUUGUUAAGGCUCCCAAUGGAGAUGCAUGGGUUGAAGCUAACGGGCAACAAUAUUCCCCUAGCCAAAUUGGUGCCUUUGUUCUCACCAAGAUGAAGGAAACUGCAGAAUCUUAUCUUGGAAAGACAGUUUCUAAGGCUGUAGUUACUGUUCCAGCUUACUUCAAUGAUGCUCAAAGGCAGGCAACAAAAGACGCUGGUAGAAUUGCAGGUCUUGAUGUGCAAAGAAUCAUCAACGAGCCCACUGCUGCAGCACUUUCAUAUGGAAUGAACAACAAGGAGGGUCUCAUUGCUGUUUUUGACCUUGGUGGUGGUACAUUUGAUGUUUCCAUCUUAGAAAUUUCUAAUGGUGUUUUUGAGGUGAAAGCAACAAAUGGUGACACUUUCUUGGGAGGAGAGGACUUUGAUAAUGCCUUGCUGGAGUUUUUGGUGAGUGAAUUCAAGAGGACUGAGAGUAUUGACCUUUCUAAGGACAGGCUUGCGCUGCAAAGGCUUCGCGAAGCUGCUGAGAAAGCAAAGAUAGAACUGUCUUCAACAUCUCAGACAGAGAUAAACCUGCCUUUCAUCACUGCUGAUGCAUCUGGUGCUAAGCAUCUGAACAUCACAUUGACUAGAUCUAAGUUUGAGGCUCUAGUAAAUAACUUGAUUGAAAGGACUAGGGCUCCAUGUCAGAGCUGUUUGAAGGAUGCAGACAUAUCUGUCAAGGAUAUUGACGAGGUUCUUCUUGUUGGAGGGAUGACCCGUGUGCCUAAAGUCCAAGAGGUGGUUUCAGCGAUAUUUGGAAAGCCUCCCAGUAAAGGAGUAAAUCCUGAUGAGGCAGUUGCAAUGGGAGCAGCACUUCAGGGAGGUAUCCUACGUGGAGAUGUUAAAGAGCUACUACUUUUGGAUGUAACACCACUUUCUCUGGGUAUUGAGACUUUGGGUGGUAUUUUUACAAGGUUAAUCAACCGUAACACUACUAUUCCUACAAAAAAGAGUCAGGUCUUUUCAACAGCAGCUGAUAAUCAGACACAAGUAGGUAUCAAGGUGUUACAAGGUGAGCGGGAAAUGGCUACUGACAACAAAAUGCUUGGAGAGUUUGAGCUUGUUGGCAUUCCUCCUUCUCCAAGAGGCAUGCCUCAGAUUGAGGUCACUUUUGACAUUGAUGCCAACGGUAUUGUUACCGUGUCGGCCAAAGACAAGUCCACCGGUAAAGAACAACAAAUCACUAUUAGGUCGUCUGGUGGACUUUCAGAUGAUGAGAUUGACAAGAUGGUGAAAGAAGCAGAGUUACAUGCUCAAAAAGAUCAAGAAAGAAAGGCUCUUAUCGAUAUUAAAAACAGUGCAGAUACUUCCAUCUAUAGCAUUGAGAAGAGCUUAGGUGAAUAUAGAGAGAAGAUUCCUAGUGAAGUGGCCAAAGAAAUUGAGGAUGCAAUUUCAGAUUUGAGAAGUGCCAUGUCAGGGGAAAACAUAGACGAAAUUAAGUCUAAGCUUGAUGCGGCAAACAAAGCCGUCUCCAAGAUUGGAGAGCACAUGUCAGGUGGUUCUAGUGGCGGUCCCUCAGCUGGUGGUUCUCAAAGUGGGGAUCAAGCACCAGAAGCCGAAUAUGAAGAGGUGAAGAAAUGA